AUGGCUUCCUCAAAGCCCCGUCAACCUCGUCUACGCGCCUCAUGUGAUGGCUGCUUUCAUGCCAAGGUCAAGUGCUCCAAGGCAAGGCCAAUAUGUUCUCGCUGUCUAGCUUGUGGGAUCGAAUGCCGGUACUCCCCAUCUAGCAGGGCCGGGAAACCAAAAUCCGAUGGCAGCUCCAACAUACAGUCGACAACGCCCACUGAUAUGACGGGAAUGACCUCGCCAGUAUCUGACGACAAGGGCAUGCUGUACUCGGUCCACCAGACAGCGCACCCACUAUACAAGCUGGAAACUGGAUGGCACACACCUCCCACCAGCGUGGAUGGAAGCAUGAGCCGAACGCAUUCCAUGUCUGGGUUGGCUAUGCUGGGUAUGGAGACAGGUUCGACCACCCACGUGGAUCCGACAAUGGCCACCGACAUCUACUCGACAGGCAUGCCUUGGACCCCACCCAACGACAUGUCUUCCCAGUUUGUUGACUCCCCAGCCAUGGCAGCCCAGCUCAACCACGGGCGCUCCCAUUCGUACGACUUUGCCAUGUCGGCAGCCAUGCCGCCUUGGACCGAUCCAACUGCCGCAGACAUGUACACAUACGGCCAAACACAGAUCCCGACGCCUGGAAGCAUGUCAGCUACCUAUUUCCCCAGCCCUACCGCGACGCCCCAGCUGAGGUCAACACCAAGGACAAAGUCCUCGUCGAGCUCGGCAAGCUCUGGGGGCUCCUGCACAUGCUUUACCGCUUGUUUGCAGUCGUUACAAGCACUUCACAAUGCCUCCAGCCCUGGAGCGCCACCCUUCGACCUCGUGCUGUCCUUGAACCGCAAAGCAGUGGAGGGAUGUGCCUCGAUGCUCAGUUGCCCACGAUGCAUGAGCAGGUCAGGAACACAUACGGCAGCGAUGCUGCUCGCGACCGUCAUUGGCAAGAUCACCUCCUUCUAUAAGAACGCAUCCCACACCUAUUUUGAGAACGGCAGUAUCCCAGCGGCGACGUCACCAAAUGCGCUGGGAGUUAGCCUGGGCGGAUACACGCUUAUGGGGGAAGAGGGAAGAUGGCUCGAGCUGGAGAUCCUGGCGCGUGAGCUACGAAAGCUGGAAGAGGUGUAUGCUCAGUUUCGUGAGGUCUGUGCAGAUCUAUCUGAAGACCCCGAAGUCAGCCGGGCCAUGAUUGGAUACCUCGGGCACAACCUCGGGUCCACCCUCGAAGUCAUACACCACAGGAAAGGCGACAUUGCCUACACAUAG